GGAUGAUCUUUAACGAGGCUGAUCAGGAGCUCAGGGACUCGGGUUACCAUCGACACGCCUUCACGUCCUGAUCUCCACCAGACUGGGGUCUCACAGAGAGCUUGCCGGACACCAGAGACCCCCAGUGUCGUGAUAAGGCCUAUCCUCCGGAUCUACCUUCUACCAGCGUAGUGAUCUGCUUCUUCAACGAGGCGCUGUCCGCCCUGCUGAGGACGGUGCACAGCGUGUUGGAACGCACCCCGACCGCCCUGCUGCACGAGGUCAUCCUGGUGGACGACCACAGCGAGCUGGAGGAGCUGCAGGAGGAGCUGGAGCGUCAUGUGGGGGGGGAGCUGAAGGAGAGAGUGAAGCUGGUGAGGAACCAGAGGAGGGAAGGACUCAUCCGAGGACGCAUGAUAGGAGCCUCACACGCGACCGGUGAGGUGCUGGUGUUCCUGGACUCUCACUGCGAGGUGAACAGGGAUUGGCUGCAGCCGCUGCUCACCCCCCUGCUCAAGACAUCGUACGUGGUCUGCCCCGUGAUCGACAUCAUCUCAGCCGACACGCUCUCCUACUCGCCCUCCCCCCUCGUGAGGGGGGGCUUCAACUGGGGGCUGCACUUCAAGUGGGAUCCCGUCCCCCCCGCGGAGCGCGGGCCCCAGGGGGUCACCGGACCAAUCAGGUCUCCCACCAUGGCCGGCGUGUUUGCCAUAAACAGGAAGUACUUUAACGAGCUCGGCCAAUACGACGCGGGCAUGGACAUCUGGGGCGGGGAGAACCUGGAGAUCUCCUUCAGGAUCUGGAUGUGUGGCGGUCAGUUAUUGAUCAUCCCCUGCUCCAGAAUCGGACACAUCUUCAGGAAGAGGAGACCCUACGGAUCCCCGGGUGGGGGGGACACCAUGGCUCACAACUCACUAAGACUGGCUCACGUGUGGAUGGACGAGUACAAGGAGCAGUUCCUGUCUCUGCGUCCGGAGCUGCGUGACCGUGGUUACGGAGACGUCAGUGAUCGUGUUGCGUUGAGGGAGCGUCUGCAGUGUAGGACGUUCGCGCUGUACCGGGACACCGUUUACCCGAGUGCAAACGCACGGAAACAAAAACCUGCCUUGUUCAACAACAAGAGCCUGAGGAGGCCCAAAGUCCUGCAGCGAGGCCGGUUGCGCUCACUCUCGUCGGGGGGGUGUUUGGGGGCCCUGGGCCGGGCAAAGUCAAAAGGGGGGGGGCUUGCUGAGGCAUGUGACCCCCGAGACCCCGAGCAGGUGUGGUCGUACGAUGAGGACGGCCAGCUGCUUCUCGCCUUCUCUCUUGUGUCUCGACCCUCUGAGGUCCGGACCCUGGACCCCCCCCGCCUGAUGAAGUGCCACGGCUCGGGGGGGUCUCAGCAGUGGAGCCUGGGGAAGUCCAACCGGCUGUACCAGGUUUCCGUUGGUCAGUGUCUCUCCGUCUCUCGACUAAUCAGGCCGAAGGUUCUGUUUCCAAGGGUCCAUUACCAUGGCGAUCUGCGACGCCUCAGAGGAUCAGCAGUGGCAGCUGGAGGCCUGAGCGGCCAAUCAGAAUCCUCCGUUGCUUCAGAACUUCCGUUUCCUCCAGGACGGCUUCAACCAAUCAGAAAACUCCAACCAAUCAGGACGACUUCAACCAAUCAGCAGAUUUUACUCUGAAAUAAUUGAUUUGAACGGAAACAGAGUGACAGAUGGGACCGACUAGGGUUUAAACCCUGCAGACCCUCACCCUUAAACUGAGGGUCUACAGGAG